AUGAGCAGAGAUACGCGUGUCUACAAAGACGCCGACCGUUUUAAUCCCGACAGGUACCGUCCGCUUCCCGAUGGGACUCCAGGGGAACCCCACCCAGUUGGGCAUUUUGGCUUCGGCCGGAGAUCGUGUGUUGGCAAGUAUCUUGCCGAUAACAGCUGUUGGGCAGUCAUUGCUACUGUCCUAGCCACGUCGAGGAUCGAGAAGAAGCGUGACGAGAACGGCCGCGUUGUCGAACCGACUGUGCAGUUCACCAACGGUGGUACCUGUCAUCCUGAGCAUUUUGAGUGCUGGAUUCAGCCUAGGUCCGCCAAGUCCAUCGAACUAUUGGCAGCAGCAUCCUCUACGAGUAGUGUCAAGAGAAGGAUCUAUCUCACUCCCAGCUUUUCUAACCCUGGGAAAGAUCGAGCGACGGCGAAAGAAGAGGCAGAAGGCCCAGAAGAGGGCUAA